GUUACUUCCGCAAAUAUUUGGCGGGAGAUGCCUGUAGCCAGGAAGCAAGUUCGGCUUGUUUUGCAAUCUUGAUUCAUAAGCAUAGUUAUAACAAAAACAAAUAACAUUUCGUUUAAGAAUGGAUACUGAUGUCCUCGUGCAGACAAAGGACUGGAAGAACACUAAGGAGGCGGUUGCGAAGUUUCGACGACUGCUACUUUGUUCCAAAUGCUCAAACUUAAUGACGGAUCCUGUGUGUCUAGGAAUGUGCGAGCAUAUGCUGUGCAGGUCCUGUGCUGGUCCCCGGGCAGGAGAUGGCUGCGUGGUGUGUCACAGUCCUGCGUGGGUGAAGGACAUCCAAAUCAACAGGCAGCUCAGCAGCAUCAUACAGCUCUUCUGCGGUUUAGAGUCCCUGCUCAGUCCCAUAGAACAACCAGACUCCUCUCUAGCCGAGAUUCAAACACAACCUGAGAGCCCUGUCUUUAAACACAAGAAGAACUUCAAGAUCUGGUUCAGCCCCCGCAGCCGCAAGGUACGCUGCAUGGUGGAGAACCCUUCAGAGGUCACUGUACCGGAAAACAAGUCUUCUGGAGAAACAGCUGCAGCACAGCCAGACACCAUUACUGCUCACCGUCAGGACCUGUCAGUUUUCAAUUUCGUCUCGUCCUCCCAAGACUCUUCUUGUUCUCAAAGAUGCAAAAACGAAAACAGGACCAGGAAGAAGAGGUCAACUAAGAAAAAUGCUGCCAGCAGGAAGGUGUCGGUGCAAGGAACCACUAGGACCACACGAAAACAAUCCAAGCAGAAGAUGAAGAAAAACAGGCUGGAGGCCAUAAACCAGCAAUGGGGGAUCACUGAGGAGGUCGAUGCCUUAAAGGAAAAGGAGCAUCCCUGUGUUGAAGGGGCAAGGAAGUCCACUAAAAGAGUUUCCUUCUUAAGCCCUGCUGUCACGUCUGACGGGCCUCAGCCUGAAGUGCCACAGGGGAGUACUAAUGAACUCAGCCCUGGCAGGAGCACCAUGAGGGAGACUCUCUCAGGAGGUGGCGUCACUGUACUGAAUGGUCAGAGCAUGUCGGACAGUGUCGUCCAGCAUGACAGAUUGUCUGCAAAUGACCCCAACCCAACUGACAAUCCUGAAAAACAGGACAACGUAUCUCCCCCAAAGCAUUCCUCAAAAAGAUCAAGAGUGGAGGACAAGGUCGCCACAUUGGAGACCACGCCAAAAAGGCCCAGGGCUUCCCCAGGCAGGAAGACAAAAUCACAGAUGUCUCCAGCUGUCCUUAACCCUCCAUCUUUGGCUAGCCCCAGGUAUGAUAAGAGCACCAAAAACUCAAGAGAAGAGCAAGGAGACAGCCCCUCUGUCCUAGCCACUGUUGGUAGAAAAUCUCCCAGUACUCACCGUGCAUCUGUUGGACGGCCCACCUCAGGGAGCCCUGCAGUUAUGAAGAGGAACCACAAGGGAGAAACCCUGCUGCAUCUAGCUGCCAUAAAGGGAGAUGUAGAGGCUGUCAAGGAACUGCUGGACCAGGGGGCUGACCCUAACCUAAAGGAUAAUGCUGGGUGGACACCUCUGCAUGAAGCGUGCAACCUUGGUCACCUGGCAGUUGUGGAGGCGUUGGUAUCAAGGGGAGCCCUGUUGAAUACGCCUGGCUAUGAAAAUGAUUCUCCACUCCAUGACGCUGUGAGGAACGGUCACCCAGCAAUUGUCAAACUGCUGCUGCAGCUUGGAGCCUCGCAGAACGUGCUAAAUCUGUAUGGAAAGCGACCUGCAGCUUACGCAAUGAGUCUGGAGAUGCUGGAGAUUUUCCAGGAAGCCUCGGAAGCCCAAUAUGCUAAUACAUCGCUUAGCCCCUCAGCCAGUCUCUCUGUGUCGAGCGACUAUGUGAGGAGGGAUGAAAUGGCUGUGUUUCUGGGCAGCAAGCUGUCACAGCCAGAACAGCAUCAACUAGCCAAACUGGGAGAGCUACUGGGAGGGAAGAUGGCUGACACCUUUUCUGGCUCAGUGAGCCAUGUCAUGGUGCCAGAAGGACACAUGCCCACCACCUACUCCACACUCCUGGGUCUUCUUGCUGGCUGCUGGGUUGUCAAAUUCAGCUGGGUGGAGGCAUGUCUGCAGGCAGGCAAGUGGAUGCCCGAAACUGAGCACGAAGCGGGAGAAGGCCCCCAGCGCAGUCGCAUCAACAGAUGUAGCUUGCUCCCUCCACUCUUCGAUGGCUGUUUCUUCUUCCUCCUUGGCUCCUUUAAGGCGCCUUCCAAAGACGAGCUCACCAAGCUGCUCCGGGAGGGAGGAGGUCAACUCCUGAGCCGCCAGCCCAAGCCCGACAGCGAUGUGACACAAACCCUGAGUGCUGCUGCCUACCACGCACUGCCAGGCUCUGACCAGGCCCUCUGCACCCAGUACAUCAUCUUUGACCCCCAGGGCCCUCACAAGCCGGCAGUAGUGAGGCGAGGUAAGGUGUGGUCAGCUCCUACCACCUGGCUCAUCAACUGCAUCACAGCCUUCCGCCUCCUCCCUGUGCCGGACUCUUAAACGUUGGUCUAAAUCAUUUCUCAUAUGUUCAAUAAUAAUUGACUAAUAACUGAGAUAUCACUUGUGCUUAAGCAUGGUCAUAAUGUAUUUUUUGUUUUUUAAUAUGCGGUGAUUAAGUUGACAUGAAUCACAUAAACAAUAAUAAAACAAUAAUGUGACUCCUAAAAUCUAAAAUUAAAGUAGUAAUCUGCA